AUGUUACUAUGCAUGAAAGUACUUAAUUGUAAUAAUUCUUUUGAUGAUAAGUUCCCUAAUACAAGUUGUAAUCAUGCUGAUGCGGUGAAUUUGAAAGACCUUCGAGAGAAAUUACCAAAAUUGACGGAUAUCAAAUGUGUGAGGUGUGAUAAUGAGAAUGGUGUAAAAAUUGGAAAUUCACCUCCUGAACCUGGUUCGACAGAUACCUCUGAAAGAACUGAAGGAGCGGAUAUACAAAAUGAAGACUUAGCAUCAUCAAAGGAUGCUGAAAACCCAACAAAUCCAAUUAUUUGGCUCUGUCUUAUUUGUUGCGAAUCACAUUGUGGUCGUAAUGACAAAAAGCAUGCGAUAAUGCACUAUGAAAACAAUAAAGAACAUGCUCUUUCAAUUAAUUUUGAAGAUUUAAGUAUUUGGUGUUAUGAAUGUGAUACUACACCUACCGAAAAUGAUGUUUUAUCUGAAGCACAAAAGACUAUGA